AUGCCUGGAGAUGAACAAGAAAAUGACCUCCUGACUGGCCAGAAUGGCCUGCAUAGGCCUGAGGCCCAGUCUCUACUGUCUUCUCCCACAGAAGAGCUAGACGAUCUCAUAGUUCAUUCCCCCUCGACAGGCUCGCCCCCAUUGCCUGCAAGCAGCACUCGGUCAGAUGCCCAGCGCCAAUCCUCAAUGUUACCUCCCACUCCAGACGGACAACGUCGCACACCUCGUACAACAAACCGAGUCCAUUUUGAUCUCGAGGAGGACGAUGAGGAAGACGGCGAUCACCAUUCGAACGGGCGUGCCCGCAGCCCCGACAGCGACGCGCCAUGGCUAGACGACGAAGACUACGAGCUCGGUGGGCAGGGCAGACCAGGGGUACGAAAUACUGGGCAAACAGUUCCCUUGCUCACCAAUAUUGAGGCUCCGAGUGUGACACUCGCAACUUCGGACGACUUCUUCCCGGAGGAACACCUUGAGAGUGCGCGGCCAAGGAGCGGAAUGAAGAUGGCGUUCAUGAACAUGGCAAACAGCAUUAUCGGGGCAGGGAUCAUUGGUCAGCCCUACGCCCUUCGCCAAGCCGGCAUGGCUAUGGGGAUAUUACUGUUAACGGCAUUGACUAUUACGGUGGACUGGACAAUUCGCCUGAUCGUCGUCAAUUCCAAGAUGAGUGGGGCAGACUCGUUCCAAGCUACUAUGCAGUAUUGCUUCGGAAGAAGUGGCCUUAUAGCAAUUUCCAUCGCGCAAUGGGCAUUCGCAUUCGGCGGUAUGGUUGCGUUUUGCAUCAUUGUUGGUGACACGAUUCCGCAUGUCCUGGGCGCCAUGUUUCCGUCCCUUCGGGAAAUGUCCUUUCUAUGGUUACUUACUGAUCGCCGGGCUGUCAUUGUGCUCUUCGUUCUUGGCAUCUCCUAUCCCCUCUCAUUAUACAGAGAUAUCGCAAAGUUGGCGAAAGCAUCUGCCUUGGCGUUUGUCAGCAUGAUAGUGAUCGUGGUGACGGUCAUCACACAGGGCUUCCGUGUCCCCGCAGAUUCGCGAGGGGAGAUCAAGAGUCACCUCAUAUUCAACUCGGGGUUCUUCCAAGCCGUGGGCGUGAUAUCAUUUGCAUUCGUUUGCCACCAUAACAGCCUUUUGAUCUACGGGUCAUUGAGGAAACCAACACUCGACCGCUUUGCGACAGUGACCCAUUACUCUACAGGGGUAUCUCUGAUCAUGUGUCUGGCCAUGGGCAUUGCGGGAUUCCUCUCUUUUGGCUCAAAGACUCAAGGAAAUGUGCUCAACAAUUUCCCGUCGGAUAAUAUCUUGGUCAACAUUGCGCGAUUUUGCUUUGGGUUGAACAUGCUGACUACCCUUCCGCUCGAAGCCUUCGUCUGCCGCUCUGUUAUGACAACAUACUACUUCCCAGACGAACCUUACAACCCCCAUCGGCACCUGAUCUUCACGACGGCUCUAGUCCUGACCUCGAUGGCAUUGGCAUUGAUUACGUGUGAUCUCGGCAGUGUGUUCGAGCUGAUUGGAGCAACCAGCGCAGCAGCAUUAGCAUACAUCUUCCCUCCACUUUGCUACAUCAAACUCAGCAGUGCGUCUCGGCGGGAGAAGAUACCAGCUUAUGCAUGUGUCGUAUUUGGACUCGUCGUCAUGGGCGUCAGUGUCAUCCAGGCGGUUACCAAGAUCAUUCGAAAUGAUGGCGAAGGUCGUUCCUGCAGUGCUUCGUAG